AUGAUUACGAUCUUCAAGUCACGCAUCAAGAACUGUUUCCACUUCAUGGCCAAGCGGUCUGAAAUUGCCCUGAGCGAAGCCGAACACCACAGCCCCAGCGCUGGUUUGGUGAGCCAGAUGUGUUAUUUGCACUUGUGGCAUGUGGCGGGAGCUCAUAUGACCACCGACGGCUUAGACGAGGCUUAG